AUGUUUGAUUUUCGAAGGCUACUUGGCUACGAAGGAGUUUCACGGUGGUUUCAUGUCUUCAGUCGUGUAGUCACCAUCUGUCCGGACCCCAAUGAGAGCAGCCCAGCGUUGCCCACGCCGGAGGUCAAGGCGAAGCAUUCUCCUCGCCGCGAUGCAUCCGACCCUUUGCCCGAGGCAACGUCAACCUUUUUGGGGCAUUUGUACAAUUUGGCGGUGGAGAACACCAAAUCUGAACAUGUGGAUGACAUGUUGCUUCCUGUGCCAGGUGAGGAGACGCAGAAGAUGUGGAAGCAAUGGAAGGAUAGUCGGCUUGCUGAGCAUCAUGAUGCCAUGGUCCAACGAUCCUCUCAGAAGCCGGGAGACUCAGUGCUGUCGAUGGACCGCCAGGUUUACCGGGUAAAACCUGACUUUGAACCACAACACCUGGCUUUAGGCGAACCCAGCUGCUGCAUGAGCUCCGGCAAAAGGCGCCUCAAGGAGUGGCUGUCCAGGUCAGAUGGAAGACUUGAUCGAAGCUGUCGAAGCUGUGCUGUCCGACACCAGGUGAAGGGAAGUGGGUUCAACGUUUGCUUCCCAGCUCAAGACCUCGGCUGGGAUCAGCGGAUGAAGAACCAGCGACUGAAGCAAGUGGAGGCCGAUCACUACGCGGAGCUGACACUCAAGCCAAAGAUCAGCCCCUUUGCGCAGGCCUGGAGUCAAAAGCAAGCUGAGGCAGGUGGCGACGGCAGCGUCUUCGAACGUCUCUACCAUGCAGCACUGCAGCAGGAGGAGAAGAAGAAUGCUGUGAAGCGCGACCGAGCUGAAGUGCAGUCCCCACCACGGGCGCAAUCGCCGCCUAGAAGGCAGAUUCCAACCUCGGAGCUCUUGUACAGCGACGCCUUGGACCGACGCGAACGGCUGCAUAUCAUGAAGGUCAACAACAAGUCGCGGAGAUACUAUUGGCAGCUUCUGGAGAGGCAAAUCAAGGCCGCCUUUGAAGCAGCGACCAAUGGACAGCCUCUGCUGGCACAAGCAUCCCUUGAGGAUUUCUUGGUGGGCUUUAAGUGCAUGAGACCCAGAAAGAACGGCGAGGUGGUCAGCAAAAUGUCGCGAGGAAAUCGAGUGCCGCUGGUAGCAGGCGCCUCAGCUGCCGCCUUGAUGGUUGCUCCGGCCUUCCUUACACCAGGGACCGAGGUGCCCAGGCAACUCGAGGUAGCCCAUCCCGUCGCAGCGCCAGCGCCGCCGCGCGGUGCCGGGGCGUCGCUGGCGACCACCGUGGCCGCGGCCGGGGCGAUGGGCGCCACUGCGGCUGCCACAGCACGUCGUAAGGCCAACCGUAGCCACAAAGCUGCGAUGGCUGUGAAGGUCAACGGCUCUGAGGAGAAUGGACUUCAUCAGCUGGUGGGAAAGGUCCAGGAACUCCUGCAAAAGCCAGAUCAGGGCCGGCUACAGGAGGUGAAGGCCCUGGCCAAGGAGCUGCGACAGAAGGAUGCUUCUAGCGACAGUCCCCUCCGCUGGAUGGCGAACAUUGCGGCAUCCCUGUUGCUCACGCAGAGCAUGGCUUUGCAGCCUGCACACGCCGGCGACGUGGUCAACUACUCCGAUUUCCUGGACUCCAUCAACAAGGGCGAAGUGGAGAUGGUUCGGGUGCAGAACGACAUGCUGUCAGCCCAAUACACCACCAAGGAUGGCUCCAGGCGUGAAGUGAAUCUGAUUCCCAACGCACAGAUCGAAGAUCAGCUCUUCAAUCAGCUGGCAGACAAGAAAGUGGACGUUGUGAUGCAGAACGCCUCUGCUGGAGGUUCCCCCUUGGAUUUCUUGGCACGCUUCGCGGGACCCAUUGCCUGGCUCAUCGCGGGGCUGCUCUUGCUUUUCGGUGGCCUACCUUUUGGAGGCCCUGGCGGCCCUGGUGGCCCCGGCGGAAAUCCUUUCGAGCUGGGCAAAUCCAAGGCGCGCAUCAUCAAGGACGGAGACACCAAGGUGAAAUUUGCCGACGUGGCAGGCUGCGACGGAGCAAAGACGGAACUGGUGGAGGUGGUCGAUUUCCUGAAGAACACCUCGAGGUAUUCGGAGCUUGGCGCUAAGAUCCCCAAAGGAGCGCUGCUUGUGGGCCCACCAGGAACCGGAAAGACCUUGUUGGCCAAGGCUGUGGCCGGCGAGGCCGGUGUGCCCUUCUUCAGCAUCUCCGCGUCGGAGUUCGUGGAGAUCUUCGCGGGGAUCGGCGCAUCCCGUGUUCGUGAUCUCUUCGAACAGGCCAAGAAGAAUGCUCCCUGCAUCAUCUUCAUCGAUGAGAUUGAUGCUGUGGGCCGUCAGCGAUCCGCUGGUUUCGGCCAAGGCAACGAUGAGCGCGAGCAGACGGUGAAUCAGCUUCUGACAGAGAUGGAUGGCUUCGAAAGCAACAAGGGCGUGGUGGUCAUCGCAGCCACCAAUCGCGCGGACAUCUUGGAUCAGGCGUUGGUGCGACCGGGCCGCUUCGAUCGACAGAUUCAGGUGGACCCGCCUGAUGUGCAGGGCCGGGUGGCGAUUUUGAAGGUGCAUGCCAAGGACAAGAACUUGGCUCCGGGUGUGGAUCUGUCUGCCAUCGCCCGACAGACGCCGGGGAUGUCGGGAGCUGAUUUGGCCAACCUCCUCAAUGAAGGUGCCAUUGUGGCCGCCCGUCAGAACAAAUCAGAGAUUGACUCGGAGGAUAUUUUCAAUGCCCUGGAGAGAAUCGCCAUCGGCCUGGAGAAGAAGGACGCUGUGAUGUCCGAGCAAAAGAAGAAGCUGGUGGCGUACCACGAGGCCGGCCAUGCUAUCUUGGGCGCUUUGAUGAACGACUACGACAUCGUCUCCAAGAUCAGCAUCGUGCCCCGCGGCCCCGCGGGCGGUGUCACCAUCUUCAUGCCCUCGGAAGAACGCCUGAACUCAGGUCUUUACUCCAAGGAAUUCCUGGAGAAUCGCAUGUGCGUGGCUUUGGGCGGCCGAUUGGCCGAGGAAAUCAUCAAUGGCAAGGACAACGUGACCACAGGCGCCUCCAACGACUUUCAGCAGUGCACGCAGGUGGCCAAGCAGAUGGUGAUGACCUUGGGGAUGUCCCCAGAGAUUGGUCAACGCUUGCUGGGUGGACAGCAGGGUGGUGGCCCCUUCAUGGGUCGUGACUUCAUGGGUCAAGGAGCUCCACCCAUCUCCCAGGCCUUGAAACAGAAGGUGGAUGACGAGGUGAAGCGCAUCGUUGAUGAGCAGUACCAGCGGGGCAUGAAGCUCCUGCGCGACAACAUGUUCCUGCUGGACGAGUUAGCCAAAAUGUUGAUGGAAGAGGAGAAGGUCUCAGGUGAACAGUUGAUCAAGCUGAUCAACAAGGCAGCUGCUGAAGGCAAGUUGGUCAUGAGCAAUGCCAAGAUGGCGGUUGCUGCCUAUGCGGGCGAGAAGGUCGAGACCACCGCGGAUGGCACUCUCAAUGCCAAGACCAAGCACCCCGACAAGCCCAUGAUGUUUGCCUGUGCGGAUUGCCCUCGCCGCGGUUUCUGCGGUUCCAGCGACGUCAGCCGCGGCCGCCGUGGCGUCUCCAGGGGUGCUGUGGCGCGGCUGGGGCUCUCCCAUGAGGCAUCGGAGCGCGAGGUGCCGUGCACCAGCGAGGAAGUCUUGCGAAGGGUGGAGGAUAUGGCGGCUGAUGCCUCUAACGGCAGCGCUUUGCCACAGAAGGUGAUUCUGUCGGCAGCUUCGCAGGCUCUGGUUGCGCUGGCGGCCAUGGCUGGUCCGCUUCCAGCGCAGGCCGAUGAUGUGCCGCCGUUGCAAUCCAUGGGUGCCCCGGCACAACAGAUGCAGCAGCAGCCAGGCACCCUGCGCGUGAGUGGCCGUGUGACCUACUCUCGCUUGCUGGAGUUUGUGGAUGAGGGCUCGGUGAAGCGAGUGGACUUCUACGACCAGGGUCGCACGGCAGUGGCGCUGGUGAUGAUCGCGGGACGUGAACAGCAGUUGGUCUGCGACCUGCCAGGAGCGACCAGUGGAUUAAUUGAUAAACUCGUGUCCAAGAACAUCUCCAUUGAGGUGCAUCAGCCGGAGAAGCCGAACCCUCUGCUGGGUGUGCUGGGGGAUGUGGCCUUCCCCUUGCUGGUCAUUGCAGGGCUGCUGUUCCUGCGUUCCAGGGCCCCAGGGGGGGGUGGCAUCCCAGGAGAGGGUGGGGAAACCGAGGGCGUGGUGGUCCAGAACUUGACAGGUACUCCUGCAAUCAUGAGCGCGGGAGGGGCCAUGGCGGCCGUGGGCCAUCAAAAUGACUUUUUGCUCCUGAUGACUUUGGCGCGGUGUCUCAAUGCAUCUGGCUUGGGUCUCUUGUUCAGUGCGUCCACGGAUCUCUUGUACCAACUGACGCACCCAAAGGACACCAAAACGGCUGAGAACUCUGAUGGCAGUCAGGAGGUGGAGGUUCAUCAUAAAGUACAGAAAACCUUGACCAACAUUGCAACGUUGUCAACGCUGCUGGACUUUUUCCUUGCGCCCAUGAUUGGCUCCUUCAUGGAUUCUGUGGGUCGUUUGCCUACCAUGAUGUUAGCCAUGGGAUGCUCCAGCUUGGUGCGUUUCUGCUUGGCAGUUUCUCCAUCUCUGAAGCUCUACAUGUUCUACCGUGCCCUGGUGUCCAUCACCGGCAACGCUUGGCUCAGCGCCUCCUCUGCCGCCCUGGGCGAUGUCUUCGGCCGCGGCACAGCGCGCUUCGCAGAGGCCUCGUCGCGGGUGCAGCGCUUCGCACUGCUGGCGAUGAUGCUGGGAACCUUCGCAGGAAGAUGGGUGAAAGAGCCCCAGAAAGCCUUCGCCCUAGUGGGAACGUUGCAAGUGAUGGCGGCCGGAGCUGUUGGAUGCAUGAAGGAAUCCCUGAUGUCUCAGAGCAAAUUUCAACGGGUCUGGUUCUGGUCCGUUUUCCGCCGCAGCAAAGCCCUGUUCGCUCUGGCGGUUUUGAGUACUGCUAUGGAGCUUCCAGACCAUGUUGCCACCUUGGACCAGGUUUUUCGACGUCAGAAAUUUCCCAAACUUUGGACAGCUUCAAUGGAAUCGACCCAUAUGCUCCUGUUGCAGAUUGCAGGUGUGUUCCAUACCUUUCUGCGCGCACGCAUUUUGAAGCAUCUGGAUUCCGCCUCUGCCUGCCGAUUGGACAACUGGUGCAACGCGCUCUGUUUCUUAAACAACGCCUUUUCAACGCGACCCAGCUUGCUGGCUUUGAACCCACUUCUCAGUUGCUUCCAAUGCGGAGGUUUAUCUUUAGAACUGUGCCUGCAACGUCAGGCAGAAUCGGUGGGAUUGGGAUCAGGUGCUCUCAGUGCAGCUGAUGCCAAUCGCAGCUUCCUACCAUCUUUGUUGAUGCCCCGCUUCUACAGCUGGUUGUAUCAUUGGAGCCCCUGGCCCUCGGCACCAUAUCUGGUGGCCAGUGGGAUGUCACUGCUGGCAGCAGAAGUGGUGGGUCCUUGGACUUUCGCUCGGCUGUAGCCCAGUAGCCCAAAAA